UUAAUUUUUAAUUAUCUGUUAGUUGUUAUAAACUUGACGUGGUGAUGGGUGCUUUCUGUAGUGAAGCUGAUCUGAUUUGCCAGAAGGUUUGAUAACUGGUUGUUUUAAGAGCUUGCCUCCUCCUCACUCCCUUAGGGUGGCAGAGUGUUGAAGCCUCAUGGGUUCACUCUGCAGACUUGUCUUGCUGUACAGUGUGAUGGAGUGCAGUCAUCUCUGGUGCUAGUUAGUUUUUGUCAGUUCAGGUGAGUAACUGAUAAUGAUUUAUAAUAAAAACUUGCCUUUCAAAUGUUAUGGCUGCCUGGGGAAUAAAAAGGUUGUCUAUGUACAGUGUAGCUGUGCUGAGGGCAGGAGUUUCUUUUCAUCUUUGGAGAUCUAAAUGUGAGAGGCAGGGAGCUCACCAAGUGGGUGAGUAGCUUGAAAUACCAGGUGUAUUUAUCUGUAUAAGCAGUUAAACAGUUUGUGUGGAUGUUAAACAGCUUGUGUUGUUAUACUGAUACCAAAGUGUCUAUUAAAGAUGGUGCCACAAGUAAAUCCUUUAAUUCUUUUGUUGGAAAGACUAGAUGAAAACCAUUUAGAUCAAACCAGGUGGUGCAUGACUUGACUUUUAACUGUUGGUCUAUUUCUGCUCCUCCUUCAAGUAACUGCAUGUAGUGCCAGUGCAAUGGGUUUCUCCAGGUGCAGUGUGUAGCCUGUGGCCUUGACCAACUGCAAUGCACAUGGCCUCGGGAAUGCUGCCACCAUCCCCUGUCCUGCCUAAGCCCGUGUGUGUGUUCACAGAAGCAGAAGUUCAGCUGACUCUUACUUGCAUUCUCUGAAUUCCAGCUUGCAGAAUGGUUUCACGUUAGCAGCUCUGUCCUGGGAGAAGCCCUGCUGAAGUUAACAGGAAUACCUGUUGUAGUAGUGUUGCUUGUGAAGAGCUUUGUGAUCCUCUGAGUCAUAACAUAUGAAGUAAGAGGAGAUAAGAGGAGGUAAAUCGUGUAUGCUUUCAGCAGCCUUCUGUUAAACUUGGAAUACCAUAGUUCAAGCAAUUGAACAGAUGGAUAAUGGAGACUGGGGAUAUAUGAUGACUGAUCCAGUCACGCUAAAUGUGGGUGGACACAUGUAUACGACAUCCCUCACAACUCUAACGAGAUAUCCUGACUCAAUGCUUGGGGCCAUGUUCAGGGGAGACUUCCCCACUGCCAGGGACUCUCAGGGCAAUUACUUUAUUGACAGAGAUGGACCACUUUUCCGUUAUGUUCUUAACUUUUUAAGGACCUCAGAGCUCACUUUGCCCCUGGACUUCAAGGAGUUUGACCUGCUGCGGAAGGAAGCAGACUUCUAUCAGAUUGAACCACUCAUUCAGUGUCUUAAUGACCCCAAACCACUGUAUCCCGUGGAUACCUUUGAGGAGGUGGUGGAGCUGUCCAGCACCCGGAAGCUUUCCAAGUACUCCAACCCAGUGGCUGUAAUCAUCACACAGCUCACUAUCACCACAAAAGUCCAUUCAUUACUGGAAGGCAUUUCAAACCACUUCACAAAGUGGAAUAAGCAUAUGAUGGACACCAGGGACUGCCAGGUUUCCUUCACUUUUGGGCCGUGCGAUUACCACCAAGAAGUGUCACUCAGAGUCCACCUCAUGGAGUACAUCACAAAGCAAGGCUUCACAAUCAGGAAUACCAGAGUUCAUCAUAUGAGUGAACGGGCCAAUGAGAACACAGUGGAGCAUAACUGGACUUUCUGUAGACUGGCAAGGAAAACAGAUGACUGAUUCUGGCUCUCCAGGAGCCGCUUCAGUGAUUAUCAACCUCACUGGACAGUAAUCCCAAGAGAAUCUGGGUUUUGACUAAAGCAACAAUGUGGGCUUUUUUUUAUACGACUAUUUAUUGUUUCUCAGUAAGGACUGGAGGAGUUCCCUUCUCCAGCAGCUCUGUCCUUUUGUCCUGUUCUGAAAAGAAAACCGUGCAUGUGCCUGUUCAGUCAAGACACCUUUUUGUUUGAAAGAGGGAGUCCAAAGAAUUAGUCCAAUAGGGUAUUUUAUGUCAUUAACACAAUUCUCUGAGUCAAAAGUGCUAAAAUUACCUCUGUUUAAAUGGUUUCUAAUCCAUCUAACAUGAUGACACUGGGAGCAAGAAACAAAAAAGAAUUUAAAAUGCAGUUGGGGAAAAGCUGCUAUCAUGUAGUCUAAUUUAGUUUCUAAAUAAAUAAACAGUAUUGUAAUAUUUUAGGAAAACAAAUUCCUCCCUUUUAAAAGUACUUGAUAAGUACAGUUUCUUACAGUUAUGACAACUGUUUCUUUCUAUGCAUAUAAAUCAAGCAACCAAAUAUUAUCUGUAGCCAUGGAAAUAUGAUUAGAAAUAUUUAUAUUGGAUUCUAAAUGCAAAAUGUCCCUGUGGUAGAAUUAAUAUUUUUAAUGCCUGGUGCAAUAUUAUUCCCAAGUGUAAUGCCUGCCAGCAAGAAGCUAAUAAAAAUGUGAAAUACAGAA